CUGUUGGUUAUGCGGUGGUUCCUGUCACGAACAGCAGCCCUUGUUCAACCCCCGUUUCACGAGUCUCGCAGCGACGAAGGAGGGAAGCUCUGCAUGAUACAAGCGUGGAGGUCACUGCAUUGCGGUUGGAGGCGCUGUAGCCGAUUUUCGGAGCCGUCGAGGUGCGUGCGGACACGCCGCCGCCGCGUUCGAUCUCGUGAAUGUGCGCGAUCAGGAAGCCGGCCGUCCGCAGGGAAACAUGCGUGAGCAGAGCCGGAGGACAACGGCUGCGACAACGACGAGGAACACGCUGCACGUGACUGCGGCACCCUCGCACGUUCUGCUGCAGUGAGUGGAGAGAAAGGGAGGAAAAAGAGAGUGAUAGAAACACGUCCUUUCUCCUUCCGCUGUUACGUUGGAGCCUGUGCUUAACGGGGAGUAAAGAGUGCCGGUGGUUGGUGCGGUAUUCGUGAGUUACCGGAGGUUCUUUCUCCUUUACGUGAUCCACACCGGAAGGGGGGGCGAGUGCGAAUCCUGGCACGUUUUCGGCGUCGUCGUUCGAACCACCCGAGAGAAGAUGGGGCGUCGUACCAUCUUGGAAACGAGGAUGCACCCCGUGUUAUCCUGCUGGUGCGUUGUCGCCACCGUCACCCUCGUCCUCGCAGCAUGGCAGGAGAACAUCAGGCCGAAGAUGUACGUCCAGCUUGGUGCGGAAGAUGUGUUCAGGUUUACGGGGAACGAGACGCACACAGACUACUUUCGGCUGGUGCUCCGGGACGGGAACUAUCUUCUGGUCGGCGGAAGAAAUCUCGUGCACAAUCUGAGCCUGACUGAUCUGACCGAGCAGCAGAGGUUGACUUGGUACUCGACCGACAGUGACGUGAAGAUGUGCCUGGUGAAGGGCACGCCCGAGGAGAAUUGCCAGAACUACAUUCGCAUCCUCGUCAAGACGGACACGAACACGUUGCUGGUGUGCGCAACGAACGCGUUCAAGCCAAUGUGCCGUGACUACGGCGUACACGCCGGCAAUUAUACGAUCCUGAAGGAGAAGGGCGGCCAGGCGAUGUGCCCGUACGACCCUCGCCACAACAGCACCUUUGUCUACGUGGACGGUGAACUUUACACCGGCACGGUGGCCGACUUCGCGGGAAUGGACCCGAUCAUCUACAGGGAGCCGCUGCAAACCGAGCAGUACGACUCCAAAAGCCUAAACGCGCCGAACUUCGUCAGCUCCAUGGCCCAGGGAGACUUCGUCUACUUCUUCUUCCGGGAAACCGCCGUGGAAUAUAUCAAUUGCGGCAAGACCGUCUACUCUCGCGUGGCGAGAGUCUGUAAAUAUGAUCGAGGUGGUCCGCAUCGAUAUCGUAACAGAUGGACCUCGUUCCUAAAGUCUCGUCUCAAUUGCUCCGUCACCGGAGACUUUCCUUUCUACUUCAAUGAGAUACAAUCAACGACGGAACUGAUAUCGGGCCAGUACGGCAAUAAGUCGGCGCAGCUGAUUUACGGCACAUUCACCACCCCGGUGAACAGCAUCAGCGGCUCGGCCGUGUGCGCCUUCUCCUUGCAGGACAUCACCGACACGUUCAAGGGCAACUUCAAGGAACAGAGCGCCAUCAACUCGAACUGGCUGCCGGUGCAGAGCACCAAGGUGCCGGACCCGAGGCCUGGCCAGUGCGUCAACGACUCUAGAUCGCUGCCGGAUCUCACUCUCAAUUUUAUCAACACGCACUCGCUGAUGGACGAGCUGGUGCCGAGCUUCUUCGGCCAGCCGAUCGUCAUUCGCACCAGUUUCCAUUACAGAUUCACGCAGAUCGCCGUGGAUCCUCAAGUGAAGACACCCGGCGGUAAGACGUACGACGUGCUGUUCAUCGGCACGGACAACGGGAAGGUGAUCAAGGCGGUGAAUGCCGAGUCGGCGGACACCCACCUGAAGGUGAGCCCGGUGGUGAUCGAGGAGAUCCAGGCGUUUCCGUCUACGGUGCCAGUGCGUGGCAUCAAAGUGGUGAGAGCGUCGCAAGCAGGCGAUGGCCUCGAGGACGGCAGGCUGGUGGUAAUCGCCGACAGCCAAGUGCAAGCACUCAGGCUGCAUCGAUGCUACAGCGAUAGGAUCCUCUCGUGCGGCGAGUGCGUGGCCCUGCAGGAUCCGUACUGCGCCUGGGACAAGGUGGAGGGCAAGUGCCGAGCAUUGGUCGGCCCUGCAGCCACCGACGCAGUCAGAUUCCUGCAGAGCGUGGCCACUGGUCUUCACGCCUCGUGCCCGCCGAGCAAAAUUCUCAACAAGGACGCGGGCAGCGUCGGCGCCAUCUCCGCCAAUCAGAACAAAUUCCCGCAGGACUCGAUGAUACCGAACAAGGAGGGCCAAGGUGGGGAGAUCAUCAACAUCAUGCAGAACGAGGAACAGGAUAAUUCAGGUCCGGAAGUAUCGGCGGCCGAUUCCCCACCGCCGCAGUACUCUGUGGAGACGCUGGUGAUGGCCGUGGUAGCUGGCGCUUUAGCAGCACUGCUGGUCGGCUUCGUCGCGGGCUACUUGUGCGGUAGGAAAUGUAGGAAAGACGAGGACGACAAUCUACCGUAUCCGGACACGGAGUACGAGUACUUUGAGCAGCGGCAAAACGUAAACAGCAGGUUAGCACCAGAGCCGAAACUGCUGCCCCAGGAGGAAGUGACUUACGCAGAGCCGGUGCUGGUGCCGCAGCCUCCGAAGCUCCACUCGCCGAAAGGGACGAUGAGAAAACCACCGCCGACGCCCACGGAAACGCUGUUCCAGUUUCCGGAUGGGUACGGGUUCCGUGGCCCGAGGGACAACUUCGGCACCCUGCGAUCGCACCAGGGCGACGCGUAUCGGCGCAACGACGGAUUCGCGACCACCCGCAGCGUGAAGAAGGUCUAUCUCUGAGAAACGAGCGAGGAGGGAGGUGGCCGUCACCGGAGCUUAGGACGGCCAGCGCGCAAUCGGCACAACGCGACCACAGCGGGCAGGAGUAGUCGCGCUGUGACGUCCGGGGGACAGUCGAAUCGGGAGCUUGCGGGCCCGAGGGCGCUCGAAUCGCCCUCGCCACCCUCGAGCGUCUCGUCCAGUUCCCCAUCUCCUCCCUCCUCGUCACCCUCGCCGACCCUCGUACCGAUCGCGAUGAGCGGCGGCGGCUCGCCACCACCACCGACGCCGCCCUGCAGCUACAUCUAUCGAUCAUAGUCGUCGUCGUCGUCGGCGUCGGCCUCCUCGCCGCCGCCGUCGUACUCCGCUUCUUGUUACGCGACGCCAGCAGCCGGCACACCGUUCUACAGUCCGGCUGCGCGUUCCGAUCCUGUAUAGUGUAGAGGCGUGUGAUCCGCUCACCACCGGCUUUUCCCCUCUUUUCCUUUCACUUUUGUUGCGCGUUCCUUUCCGCAGUUUUUCCCUUUUUCGUUUUUUUUUUUUUUUUUUUUCUUUUUCGUUUCCUCCCGCCUCCUUUUCUUCACUCGAUCCUCGUCCUCGGUUGCCUUUCCAUCGAAUCGUCGGAACACGAGCCGGGAGAAACACGCGCGUCGAUCGAGCGAGUUCACGCGCCCCUGGUCCCGUUUGGACAACGACGUACGUGUAUUCCUCAUUGGAGGAAUGGACUGCUGCCAUAUAACCAGAUAAGGUUCGGAGAGAAAGAUAAACAGAAAAAAACGCCGAUCCCGCCGAUCGAGAUAUCUAUCAGGCUCGAUCGGUCGCAAGGCAGUUAGUUGCUGCAGCCGCCUUGGAAACGAAACCGCGUCGCCGAUCUCCGCCGUUUUAUCGUGCCGUGGCGUGUACUCGCGACACGACAGACCACGCGUAGUAUUACGGCUUCAAGGUUACUUCUCGUGAAGUCAAUUAAAAGAGACUAUCGUCGGACUCGACUUGCGAUUUUUCUAAUGUUGUAAUAUUUAAACGCGAGUGAUUGACAGUGCCAUUAUUGUUCGCGUAAUACUACCGCGUGCCUAGGAACUAAAAGAGAAGGAGGGGAUGCCCGGCCGCGGUGCUCGCGUUGUUCCUUUCAUUUCGCCCGAGCCCUCUCGACGGCAAAAAUGAGAGGCGGACGAUCUCUGUGGAUCUCGUCGACCGAGAGAAUCAGCGCCAGAAGGAGAAACGUGUGGAGAAGGGAAACGAAUACGUACACAAACAUACAUACAUACAUACAUGCAUGCAUACAUCCAUCCACCGCGCGUUGGACAUUUGAUCACCGGGCACCGCGCCGUGCCAUAAAACGCUCGAUCGUUUCUCGCGUGAAAUCGCGGAGAUCGUCACGUCGUCUUUAGGACGCGCGUUCGUUAAUCAAGCGGUGGCUCCGCUGAAGCGUCAGCUAGUUCGGCGAGAUGGGGAGCGAAUCCCACGGCCGAUUCCUAAUUUUCGUCGUACGUUUCGGAAACGCGCGUUUCACCACCUGCACAUAUAAUACGUAAUACGUAGGAGAGCAAAAACGAGGUAUAGAGAGAGAGAGAGAGAGAGAGAGAGAGAGAGAGAAAGUGCGUAAAAGAAGUGUGUCUGAAAAGAGAUAAAUCGAGAGAACGGGACAUAGAGGGAAGCAGAGGGAGAGAAGGAACGAAAGAGACGUAGGAUUUGUAUAUAUAUAUAUGAACACACGUAUAUUACAAAAGAGAGGAGGACAAAGUAACAUAUACGAGGAGAUGAGUUCAAAAGAAUUCUAUGAGCUGCAGAUGCGGAGAAACGAGGGAAAAUCAGUCCACCUAGAAUCUGGGCCCGAUGGUACACGUAGACGUCUAUCUUAAAGUGCUUCUUAUUUCAGUGUGUUUAGAAGUAACGCGUAUGUGAUAUAUACUAUAUGACGAGUAUGUUUUUUCUAGGGAUUGUGGAAACGCAGGUGAGAAAGAGAUCGAGCGAAAGAAGAAAAAAGAGAGGCAGAAUGACAGAAACGAAGUGACAGAAUGAGAACGACUGAGAGAGAGAGAGAGAGAAAGAGAGAGAGAGAAUGAUGGUCGGGAGAGGUAAGACUCUUUUUGACAAAUUUCAAACGAUAGAUGCGGCGACGAACACGACGAUCCUUUGUUCACAAGAAUUCACCGCGCUGCGCUUUCAACAGCUCGUUUGUCGAGCCUUCUCCGUGGAAAAUUACACGAUUUUCCAUCGAUUUCCGACACGAGGGCGGGCAGGGUUGUUUCUCACGUUCGUUACGUUCCUUCCGCUUUCUUCCUUUGCGUUCUCGUCUCGUCUCGUCUCGUCUCGUCUCGUGUCGUCGAGCUCCAGCAGCUGUCAUCUGAUUCUGUGAACAAUCGAGCGACAGUGUCACCGCCGCUUUCGCGUUCUUUCUUUUCCUUCCCUUGUCGUUUGCUUCGUUCUCGUUCGAAACGCACACCGAUUACACCCGAGUGUACACACACACACACACACACACACACACACACACACACACACACACACGGACAACGCGCGUUUGUCACACAACGUUUUCUUAUUACCGUUCAUCGGUCAGUUGCGAUCGAUCGAUCGGUUUUUUCGAUUGAGAGACGAAGGGCCCGCCCGACACACACAUACGCAUUCACGCACCCCCCCGCGAAACACAUCCCCUCCCACACCCUUUCUCAAAACGGUAAGACUGACAAGAUUCCCCAAUCCGGGCGGACAGCCUUCAUCCAUUCAUCGUUCUUAGGCUACAGUUAGAUCGACAUCGACGAGCCACGAUUUCCUUUCGCCGACAAGUACAAAUUUUCACCGAGCGUUUCGUACACGGAGAUAAUCAGUUGGCGCCGUUUCACGAGCAGGUGGCGAGCCAGUUUUUUUUUUGUGUCCCUCCCGCUUCUUUGCCUCUCUUUCAAACACCGACGCGAACGCGUUCCGUUGGCGAAGAAGACUGUCGUUUGCACGCGUUGUCCAAGAGGGGGACGGCGGAGCAUCCUGCACGUGAAACGACAAGUUGACGAGAAAACGAAAAAAAAAAAAAAGAAAAAGAAGGAAAGGAGACUCGAUUUACACGAUGCAUUGUAACACACACGUAUACAUAUAAAAUACACACGAUCGCGUGCGCGUGCGUAGACGCGCGCGUGGACGCACCAGCGCGGACAGCCGCGCGUUUCGAAGCUGCCAUUGUAAUUUAUCGACUCGAGAGAGAGAGACACACACAUAGUUCUCGUCGUUGCAGAUAUAUUUAAUCGUACCUCCGGCGUAGGUAGCGUAUUUUUAACAUGCUUGUUUUCACACGAGGCACACGGAGAAGCGAGCGGACGGUUCUUUUAUUUUCUAAGUUUGAAGACCGAUCGCUAAACACAGAGGGAGACUCGCGUCGUUUUUAUCCGAUUAAGAUUCUACUUAGUACGCCCCUUAUUGGUGCGAUACUUCUCGCGAAUGGAAGACUCAGGCAGGAUACCAAAGAUAUUACUUGUAACUAAAUAGGGCACCGUUGUUCGUUCGCGGUGGUGAUUGAACGUUCAGAGGAACGCACAAAGUAACAAAGAAAAAAAAAAAAAAAAAAUGAAAAAAGGAAGAAAAAAUAUGAGUGAAAGAAGAACGGAGGAGUGCUUCGGGGAUUGCCGGCACCUCGCACAAAAUCGGACGCUCCCGUUUUGCGUUUUUUCGAAAGUGACGCGCUCGAAACAUCCUCGAGCCGAACGGACGAUCCCUUCUUUUCUCUUUUUUUUUUUUUUCUUUCUUCCUUUUCUUUUCUUUCGUCGGCCCCACUUUCGCCGCCUUCGACGCGCGUUGUUUGUUGAACUUUCUUCUACCAACGAUCAGCGAGUCGCAACGAUUCCUUCCUCUCCGUUCACUUCGUUGCAAGUGCGCUAUGUGUUCAUUCAGAAACGACGAAACCCAAAUCGGUGCCAGAGCGUUUUCCUUUUUUUAUAAAAAAAAAAGAAGAAGGAAAAAAAAAGAAAAAAAAAGGAAAAGAAAACGCUGCCACACGUUUCGCGCGAAUCGUUCGCGAGUGAUUCGCUCCGCUUUCUGCGGUGAGCGGCGAAAGAAGGGACCGGACGAGUUUCUCGAUGAUUGCGUUUUGUUGAUCGGAGGGGGACACCGUAGAUGUAUCACGAAUUCGACAGUGAAACGAUCGAAUCGCGCGCGACGUUUGGGAAUCGAGCGUGAACGCAUCGAAAGGAUGCGAGGAGGGGGAUCGUUUUCGCGGAUAUUUUUUUCUUUUUUUUUUUCAUGACCGAGGAGGAGAGAUAGCCAGGUGAUGAAACAAUAAAGAGGAAAAAAUGGCAGGGAUAUAAUUGAAGGAGAAUGGAGAGAGAGAGAGAGAGAGAGAGAGUGAGAAUGAGAGAAAGAAAGAAAGAAAGAAAGAAAGAGAGAGAGGGAGAGAUUGAAAUCAGAAUUUUAUGAUAAUCUUAAACGAUAUUAUAAUCGAACGUUGAUACUUGUAAUAAGAGUUAAAGAAAAAACAAAAAAAAAAAAGGGACAAAAAUAAGGGAGGGAAAACGUUAACAGAGAUGAUUCGUGUUAAACGUGUUCAAAAAAGAAAAAAGAAAAAAAAAAAAGAGUGGAGCUCGCGCGUUCGUGUUGUUUAAGCCAAUAAGGAACGGAUUCCAUCCAAGAUACAAAAAAAGAAAAAAAGAAAAAAAGAAAAAAAAGAAAAAAAGAAACCAAAGGAAACAAAAGUGGAAGGUUUGAUUCGCGGAUGUCGCUUGUUGCGUGGACGAAUUUUUCUGUUUUCUUUUUUCAUUUCUUUUCGCCGUCGUGUUGAUCGAGUUUCUUCGUUCGAGAAACGAAUGGAAAAAGAAGGAGCGGAGAAUUAUAAAAAAAAAAAAAAAAAUGAAAGAGAGAGAAAGAGCGAGCUGUAGGAAGAGGGGAAUUUUGGGGGAAAAAUUCGCGUCGAUAAUUUCACGCGUUAUUUCGUUUCGAUCGCUUCACUUGAAUUAAUCCAGCUUGACGGGUUUUCGUCUGUUUCUUUCUCCUACUUCUUUUCUUUUCUUUUUCUUUUUCACACGCAUAUUUCGAACGGGGAAAGCGAAAGACGAAGUGAAAGCUGAGAAACGAGAGAAAGAGGAUAAAGGUGGGAUUGGUGGGUGGAGAUGGCGAGAGAAUGCGCGUGUGCUUGAUCGUGGGAGAGUUUAGCCAGUUAUUACGAUUAUAAAUUUGAGGGGAGAAACAGAAAUAUUAGGUAGACAUAUACGGGGGGGUCUUCUCGUUUAGAGAAGAGUCGCUCCGAUUAGAUGAUCGCAGCAUGUAUGAGACACAAGGGUUUGACGAUGAAAGCUUAGACAUAAGUAGAGGAUUAGCGAACGGUAUAUAUAUAUAUAUAUAUAUAUAUAAAUAUAAAUAAAUAUAAAUAUAAAUAUAAAUAUAAAUAAAUAUAAAUAUAAAUAAAAUAUAUAUAUAUAUAUAGAACGCUUGAAACGUAUAUUAAUAUUAUAACUUUUUAUAAAUAUAUUUUUCCGUCGAAGUCUAGCCUAGUUGGAUACAUACACGGUUAUUAACGACUAUUAAUUUAUCCGAUCUGAUUACUAUAUCGAGGAUCUAGCGUUAAUUCGAAACAUUUUAGACGUCAUAGUUUUACAUGAUAGGGCGAUGUUGCACGAUGUCGCAAAAGUGGCUCGGUGGGAGAUUCGCGGUAGGCCGUUGCGGAGCCGGAGGAAUGAGAAAUGAUGAAAUACAUUAGUACCUAACGUUAUGAAAAUUUAACUACUAGCGUUGAGCCAUUAGCAGAGGUGGUGGGCCCGCGGGGCCGCCUCGCCGAUCGUUGGUCGAUCGCCCCCCGCGUGCCCCACUCUCGCGCUUUCUAAUUAGUAAGUGAGAAACAAAACGAGGGAGUGCGAGAGAUCGACGGACAAGCGUCGAUGCGAGCUAGCGAGCGAGUGAGGACUUUGGAGAGUACGAGAGCGAAAGAGCGCCGAGAGAGCCAGAAGAAAAAAAACGAGUAUGCAUACACAUACACACAUACACACGCACGUAUACAUAGUCUGUGCAUAUACACGGAUCCUUCUUCGUUUCGUUUCUAUUCUUCCGUUUUACCUUUUCGUUUGUCCAAAGAGAGAGAGAAAGAAAGAGAGAGAGAGAGAGAGAGAGAGAGAGAGAGAGAGAGAGAGCGAACGAAAGAAAGAGAGCAGUGAAUGUGCGUGAGAAGAGCGCGAGAGCAACGUGAGAAAAGAGGAUGUGUGAGAACGAGAGCCCGGCACCAAAGAUGUACCCCCCCGAGACCCCCACCCCCUCUCUUUCGAAGAAAAAGAAGAGGAAGAAAAAAAUAAAAAUUGCAAACGCGGCACGGGCUCUCGUUUUCUUUUCUUUUUUCUUCUUUUUCUUUCUUUUUCCUUUUUUUUCUUUCUUUUCUCCCCGCGUACCGGUACACACAAGCGAGCACUAAUUACCGCUAUGUAACGCUAAUUAAUAAUUACCGAGUAACUUACCAAGUAAUAAUCAUACUGUUAACUAAAGUAAUAAACGCGAUCGCGAGUACUAGAGGAUUUUUAAAGGGGCGAGCAAGACGGAAAAAAAAACACUAUAGUAUUUAUCAACGAUAAAAUUAACGAGAACGUAACACGUAUUUUGCUUCUUCCUAAUACAGUGCCGUUUACGCUAUUUUUUACUGUAACUGAUAGAGAGAGAGAGAGAGAGAGAGAGAGAGAGAAUUCGGCCGAGAGGGUGGGGCAGCGCGGCGCAGCCUCACCCCGUUUUCAACAAAUCGUUCGCGAGAUCGUGCGCGAGAUCAAGGUCAAGUGCGAAAGAUUGGCCAGGGUGAAAGGGGAAACGGGUCGAGUUUCUGUUUCUGGCCGGCCGUUGUAUAAAAGCGCGAAUUGUAUUUAGUAAAGCGGGCACGUGACUCUGGACUGUCUCCCACCGAAACGUACGAAUCGUUUCCAUACCUCGGAACGCAAAACGAACGCGCCGAGCUAUCUCCCGCGUGUCACCGCGAGAUUUUUUUCUUUCUUUUCUGCCCCCCUUCGCGAAGAUCGUCGAAUCGAACGCGAGUGUCAGAUGCUUCAACAAAGGAGAUUUUCGAUUUCUCUCCAGACUAUCCAACGUCUUGCAAGAGAUUCCAUCUCGACGCUCUUGUCCUCGCGUCGCUUCGGCCGAUCGGCCGCGUGUUUCUUCACCACCGAUCGCCAAAAAAAACUCUCGCGAAAGUUUCUGCCGACAAACCUGCGUGCAAUCGCGCGUCCACUGUCAAUUACAACGGGAUCGAAUUCCGCAUAAUUUCCAGUCGUUCGCCCAUCAGUAUGUUUUCGGAGCUCCUCCGCCCCUCUGCCCCUCGAGUUUUCUCGACCACUUGCCCAAAGGAAACGAAAAAAAGAGAAACGGAUCUACGAAUCAAAGGCAGGCAGGCAGUCCAAAGUGGCAGAAACUCUCGCGCGAGAGUUUUUUUUUUUUUUUGUUUUGCUUCAUUUUCGAAAAAUGUCGGACGCGUGUUCGAUUGUAGGCCAGAGUCACGAUCUUUUAUAUUGGGAGGAUAAAAUCGUUCGGGGAAGGGGGCCUUUGACUCGAUCGUGGCACGCGCGGUCGCGUGUCUCGCAGUAUGUAAUUUAUCAGUGAGAAACACCGAUUCGAAAACCGAUCGGCGAGAGCGGGAGAGAAUGUGGAACGCGAGUGAAUGGGCGAGUCCUGUGCGAAAUGACGUGUAGAGAGAAAGUGAGAGAAAAAAUGAGAGAGAGAGAGAGAGAGAGAGAGAGAGAAAGAGAGGGUGAGUGGGGAAGGUACACGAGAGGUGUUGAUGAUUUUUCGGCGCAACGUUUCGAUGGCGCGGGGAAAUUCCAUUUGUUCACGCGACUACCCCCGGCAUGGGUUCCGAUUCGUGGAACCGUUCGCGGGCAGCCGGACCGAUUUUAAAAGAGGAAAAAGAGAGAGAGAGAGAGAGAGAGAGAGAGAGAGAGAGAGAGAAAGGAAAAUGAGUACAGUACCGAGGGAAUGAAUAAUAAUUAAUAAUAAUAUUAAUAAUACUAAUAAUAACGAUAUUGCAUUAAUACCGAAGGUAUAUUAUUGCCGAUAAUUAUAUUGUAACGAUACGAGAAUGAUAUUAUAUAAUACUCUUUAUAAACGCAGGAGAUGAUUAUGUAACGCGGUGAAGUACUGAGGAUUGUAGAGAGCGAACUCGUGAAUGAAAGAGAAGAAAAAAAACAGAGAGAGAGAGAGAAUGAAACUGAGAGAGAGAGAGAGAGAGAGAAAGAGAGAGACGGCUCGGCUCGCCCUCGCGAUUCUUCCUUCCAAGGAUGAACGACGACCGGAGAAACUGAUGAAGCAAUUAACGAAAAAAAAUGUCGUCGACGAAAUCGUUGAUCUUAGCCUCGUCGUUGUGGCGACGCGCGAUCGAUGACAACGGAUGUCGCGAGUUGAUGUUGAUACUCGCUUUCUUGGAAACGGAAAAGUCUCGCGAGAGAUGUCGAAAGAUGGAUAAAGUCGCGAGGCGAAAGGGGGGAAGGGGAGGAUUCGUUUCCAUUACCGUAUUGCGUCUGUUAUGCCUGACAUAGUUCGCUAUUAAGGGAAAAGAGGAGACGAGGCAUUCACGAGCCGGAGGAAGCUAGCUGCGGCGACGAAUCCUCUCGAACGUGGGAUGGGAGUUGGCCGAACGCGUAAAAGAAACGAAAAGAACGGCGAACAAGGGAGAGGGUGGGAGAGGGUGCGAAGGGCGAGCCGAGGCGGAAGAUCGAGCAGGAGGAGUGCGAAGAAGGAGCGAGAGAAAAACGACAGGUUGCGCGUUGAGACGGAGAGAAAGCGAGAGAGCAAGUGUGAGAGAGUGAGAGAGAGAGAGAGAGAGAGUGAGAGGGUUGGCGAGCCAGGGAGAGAAAAUGAAGAGGAGCGAUUGUAGAUUCGGAAAGUCACUUAGCCAGCAGACUGCUGUUCAUAGUGCCCUGUUAUAGUGGGUUCCCUAGGCAGAGCGGCAGAGACACGAAUUAAAAAGCGAAAACACGUGAGAAGCGAACAGAGAAGGUUUGGGAGAGAGAGAGAGAGAAGGUUUGGGAGAGACGAAAAGGAUGAGAAUCGUGCUGCUGAGAGAAAGAGCGCGUGAAACGGGUGGAACGAGUUGAAUCGGGAAUCGGAUGACGAAGUGCGCGUGGCGGAAUACGCGAACGCGAGUGUGUUCUUUUUUGUUCUUUUAUUUUCUACUUGGUACGAUUCGUCUUUCUUUCUCAAUGAUCGAGCGACAAGAUUUCGAUCGAACGAGAGGAGAUGUUUACAAUUGUGACAACGACUAUCUAGAUUAAUCGUGGCGAAGACAUCGUGCGGCGAUCGAUACGCACUCCUUCCUCGAGGGUCAAUAUUUCCUCAUUUUUUGCAGUCGUGCUUCGGGAAGAUUGCUCGCGGUGUUCGACGCUCGAAAGCAACGACGUACGAAACGAGGGGACGAAAUUUUUUCGUAAUCGAGCCAGCGCGCGAUGGCCACUGUCAACUUGAACGUUUUGCGAGCGUAAUUAAAAGGACAGGCUCGAUUGCAUCGCUGAAUGCAUCAUCGAACGUUUUCUGUAAUAUUUGCAGUUUGCAGUGUCGAGCUUUAAAAUUUUCUACAGAUGCACAAGUAUCCUAGGCAAUCGACAGAAUUCGAGAAUUGUACAGCGUAUCGUUGUUUUCGAGGAUCGAACCAUGUCGCGACGAGUGUACCACUGUUCGCGAAUCGAUCGCGACCGAGGAAGGCAGUAUGGCUCGAAUCGUCAACGGAAAGCAUUCGACGACAAAUCUGGGUUUCUGAGGAAAGGAAAUCGGUUAAGGCUUGGUUAUAAGCGAGGUACUCCGCUCUCUGCCCACGGGACCCUGAUCUAUUUUUCAGAAUACGCUAUUGUGAUUAUUACUAUAUGAUAACAUUUAAAAGAAACAAAAAAAAAAAAAAAAAAAAAAAAAAAUACCACUAAAAUCACAAAAAACACCUUGUACUAUUGUUUAUUAUACGAUUCUGACGAUGAUUAUUUAUAAUGUUAAUAAUCUAUAUUAACGAUAAUUACCGCAUUAUACCAUUAUUAUAUUUAGUACUAUUUAGAGAGUGAGGCUGCUACUAUAUUAAUGAAUUAAGUACUAAGUAACGGAUUAAGUAAUUCAUUAGACUUUAUAUAUAAAUAUAUAAAUAUUACUAAACAUACUCUUCGCGUCAAAACUGCGUUUAUCGGUUUUCUCUUCGUAUACACGUUGAUUUCCUAUACAUAUACGAAAUAUAUAUAUAAAUAUAUAAAUAUAAAUAUACAUAAAGUAUUGAAUAAUCACAGUACGACUGCCUCUGACUCGAUUUUUCAUUUCGUUUUCGGGCGCUUGUUCAGUCGGCGUUACGAACGUUCUUUCGUUUCACCCAUUUACAUUCGACGACUACGUUAUUUUAUAUAUCGUAAUAGACAUAGACUGUACCACGAAAUAUUAAGUAAAAAUAAAUUUGAUUAGGUAAUAA